UCCUGAGCUGCAGAAGCAAAUGGAGCUCCUGGGAGCAGCCACUGUUGUCCUUCUGGUUUGCGUUGCUUGCCUGCUCUCCUUCGCAGCAUGGAGAGGGAGGUCUGGAAAGGGGAAGAUGCCUCCAGGACCAGCUCCCCUUCCUGUCCUAGGUAACGUGCUGCAGGUGAAACCAAAGAAUUUGGCCCAAACCCUCCAAAAGCUCAGUGAAGAGUAUGGACCAGUGUUUACCGUGCACCUGGGCUCUGAACCAGUGGUGGUGCUGCAUGGACAUGAUGUGGUAAAAGAAGCCUUGGUUGAUCGUGCGGAUGAGUUUGCUGCUAGAGGACACAUGCCACUAGGAGACAGGGCUAACAAUGGAUUAGGGAUUGUUUUUAGCAACAACGAGGAGUGGUUACAAGUCCGGCGGUUUGCUCUCAGCACUCUGCGCAACUUUGGAAUGGGGAAGAGGAGCAUUGAAGAGAGGAUCCAGGAGGAAACUGAGUACUUGCUGGAAGAGAUCAACAAAACAAAGGGAGCACCUUUUGACCCAACCUUCAUGCUGAGUUGUGCUAUCUCCAACAUCAUAUGCUCCAUUGUCUUUGGGAAACGAUAUGACUAUAAAGACAAGAAGUUCCUGUCCCUGAUGAACAACAUGAACAAUAUCUUUCAGAUGAUGAACUCCCACUGGGGACAGCUUUACCAGAUGUUCUCAAAUAUCCUGGAUUACUUGCCUGGCCCACACAACAAAAUAUUCACAGAAAUUGAUGAUCUAAAAGCCUUUGUGUCAGAGGAGGUGAAGAUGCACCAAGCCUCCCUAGAUCCCAGUUCCCCUCAGGAUUUCAUCGACUGCUUCCUCAGCAAAAUGCAGGAGGAGAAAGAGCGUCCCAAUUCCAGUUUCCACAUGAAGAACCUGAUAACCAGCACCUUCGACUUGUUCAUUGCCGGAACGGAGACAACUAGCACCACCAUAAGAUAUGGGCUUCUGCUUCUUCUUAAGUACCCGAAGAUACAAGAGAAAGUUCAAGAAGAGAUCGACCGGGUAGUAGGACGGUCACGAAAACCUUGUGUGGCUGACCGGACCCAGAUGCCCUACACAGAUGCAGUGGUCCAUGAAAUCCAGCGCUUCAUCUCCCUCAUCCCCCUGAGUGUCCCUCGUGCUGUGACCAAAGACGUCCACUUCAGAGACUAUGUCAUUCCCAAGGGCACCACAAUCUUUCCUGCCCUCAGUUCUGUCCUCCAUGACAACAAAGAGUUUCCAAACCCAAAUGAGUUCAACCCUGGACAUUUCUUGAAUGAGAAUGGCACCUUUAGGAAGAGCGAGUACUUCAUGCCCUUCUCAGCAGGGAAGCGAAUAUGCCCCGGAGAGGGCCUGGCACGCAUAGAGAUAUUCUUAUUCCUGGCCAUCAUCUUGCAGAACUUUACCCUGAAGCCCAUCGUUGAUCCCCAGGAACUCAGCAUAACCCCAACACUGAGUGGGACAGGCAAUAUACCUCCUGCCUACCAACUCUGUGCUGUCCCCCGCUGGAAACCAUGAAAACUCUUUCCACAGCGUCCUAAGCCUGGCUACUCCUUUACAUGUCCCUUACUAAAGCCAACAGCAGAAGCAUUGGCCCACCUUCCCAAGGCUGCCAGGAAGACAGCCCAAACAAAGGUACAUGCACAGAGUAGACACCUUCAAAGCCUCCUGGCUGCCACCUUGCAGGGAGGUCCUGGGUGACACUGCAGCCUGCUGCACUGAUGCUCUGUCCACGGGCUCCUUGAGCGCAGUGGCUGCAUCAGACAGCUGAUUUUCUCACAGACAUAGUUCCCGUGGCUGCCCACAACCUGCUUCUCCCACAGCACAUGUCCCACCAAGAGCAGCAUGCUUUGCAGAUGGAUAGCACUGCAUGUGCGUAUGUUAAUAAUAAAGAAAAAUCUAUUUAUGA